AUGUGCAAGAAAGUGGAUGUGAAUGAGGACUGGAAGGAAGUGGAACAACAUUUGAAUCCUUUCACCCAAAAAGUGGACUUACUGAAGCUCCUGUCCGGUCUCGUGCCACAGAGUAACAAUGUGUCUCUGUUUGAGGAUAACGAGGGAUGCUCAGUACUGAACACCGGACUCUACUCAACCCUGACUCUGCCGACGAGACAAGCUUUUGGUUCGAGCUUUACAGAUGAGUUCAGUGUACUCCUUCAGCUGCGCAGCUCUCAGGAUGUGGACCGCAGCGUCCUCACCAUUUUGGACUUCUACAAUCAGGUGACACUUCAGAUUCGCCUCAGUCCCUCAGGUUUCACCUUCAUCACUGCCCAUCAGCACGGCUACGAGUUUUUAGUGUCAGGCCUGUCUGAUUCUCGGUGGCACUGGGUCUCAGUGGGUGCCUCGUUGGAACAUCUGGCUGUUUAUGUGAACUGUGUGCUGGUGGAGAAAGUCAGAUGGACCUUCCCAUACUUGGGCAUCCCUACAGACGGUCUGUUGAUGGUCGGGGGCAUCGUACAGGGCUUCGAGACGCCGUUUGAGGGAGGUAUCAGGCAGAUGAUGUUCAUCAUGGGUGAUGGCAGAGCUGCUAAAAAUCAUUGUCGACUCCAUCAGCCGGUGUGUGGAGCCUCGAUGGACUCAUGGUCCUCCAAAACAUCUCGCAACAUACAGGAUCCUCUUAAUUUCAGUCCUACUGAUGAGCUGUAUCCUACUUCCCAAAGGGGUGACUUCAAGCCAGCCAAUGGUUUCCAAGUGCUGGAGGAAUCCAAAAGGCAGAAAUCCCCUCAUGUCACAUCAUACACUGAGAACCAGGCUCAGUCCACCACUGCUAAAUCCACAAUGGAAGAUUCACACUCGCAAAAACGACAAACAGAUCGGGUGGAUGUAGCUCCUUCAAACCACUCAGAGGACAUUGUCGACCUGGAUUCCUCGAUUGAUACUAGACACGUAAAUAAGAACCAUGUACAUCCACAGUUCCUUGACCUAAACCUGGCAGAAGAGGACCUGUUACCUUCAGGGACAUACAUCACUUCUGGAUCUGUCACUCAGGGCCAAGGCUCCACAGACUUCAACAGCCAGAAAGGCCAGGAAAAACUUAAGACCCAUCAUGAGAGAUUGACACACCAAAGCAUGACAAGGCGUUCACCUAAACAUGGGGACCUGAUCACAGGAUCUGAUGGCAAGAAGUAUCGAUUGUUGAGAGGACCUUCAGGACCUGCUGGGCAUCCAGGGAAAAGAGGUUGUGCCGGGACCAGGGGAUACAUUGGAUUUAAGGGGGACAAGGGAUCUCGAGGACAAAGAGGGAAAGAUGGUCCAAGGGGUAACCCAGGUCCUCCAGGACCGGCGGGAUUACCUACGCUCUACUUAUGGCGCAAUACUCGGGAGGAAUGGGCUGCAUUCAUGAGAACUUCAUAUUACCAUUUGCUGAUGUCAAGAUGGCCUAGAGAGAUCGGGCCUCCUGGACCAGUGGGGGAAAUGGGAAGUCCAGGACCACCUGGGAUGCCAGGAGAGCCAGGAGAGAGGGGACCUCCGGGUCGACAAGGGGAUAUGGGCGACUUGGGGCCAAAGGGUGUGCGUGGCCGGGCAGGGACUUCAGGAAGAGAUGGAGAGAGUGGGCGGGAUGGAGAACCAGGUCUUCCAGGAAUAUGUGGUCUGCAGGGGCUUCGGGGGUAUAAAGGAGAAUCAGCGCCCCUUGGAGAUAAAGGAGAGAUGGGCUUCCCAGGAGCUCCAGGGCCCAGGGGGGACAGAGGAGAGACGGGAUUAAAGGGUUCAAAAGGAGAAGUUGGGUCGAGAGGCUUGGUUGGUCCUCCAGGCCUGAUCGGUAUCAGAGGAGUUGAGGGGCUUCCUGGACCACCCGGGCCAGAGGGGGAUCCUGGGCAUGAUGGGAAACGUGGUCCUCCAGGGGCAAUUGGAGCUCCAGGGGCUACAGGGAUGGUUGGGCCACAGGGAGUUAAAGGUGCUGAAGGAGAUUUUGGACCUGCAGGCCCAGUGGGUCGAAAAGGCCCUCAGGGUCCUGCUGGGAGAGAAGGAAUCCGAGGCCUCCCUGGUCUGCCAGGCCCCCAGGGACCACCAGGAAAUGAUGGACCUCGUGGGUUUAAAGGUCACGUUGGACAGGAAGGUCCAGUGGGAAACAGAGGACUGCAUGGUGUUGAAGGGCCAAUGGGCACAAUUGGAGAUCCAGGUCCAAAAGGCUUUCGAGGCAACACAGGCAGCAGAGGUCCAGAUGGAGAGAAAGGUGAUCCUGGACCAGAAGGAGAAAGAGGUGCACCUGGAGUACCAGGCAUUAUGGGUCAUCAGGGGGAGAGAGGUCAAUCUGGUCUUAUUGGCUUACCUGGGGUCAAAGGUCAGCCAGGGUCUCCAGGUAUCCAGGGUGAAGAUGGUGAAGUGGGUCUUCAGGGAAUGAAUGGAAAGGAAGGCCCAAAGGGGAGUAGGGGUGAAUCUGGACGCAAUGGAAAAACAGGGACCAAAGGACAACGGGGACGAGCAGGACAACAUGGGCCACCUGGUGGGUCUGGACUUCCGGGUCUCAAAGGCCCACCAGGGACUGAGGGAGCAGAAGGAAAGCCUGGUACACAGGGUGUUCCUGGUUCAGUUGGAAACCCGGGAGAUAAAGGGCUAAAUGGUUUCCGUGGAUUAGUAGGAGAACCUGGAAAAAUCGGACCCACUGGUUCACCGGGCUCACCUGGUCGGCCUGGUCAAGAUGGCAGCCCAGGAGCCCCAGGAGCGAAGGGUUUAUCAGGGAAGCUGGGAGCUGAUGGUCCGCAGGGGCCUGUGGGAAUGUAUGGUUAUCCAGGUUCAAGAGGCCAACAGGGAAGGCCUGGCCGUAUGGGAGAACGGGGUGAGCCUGGUGUAAGAGGAACUGUUGGGAAACCUGGACAGAAAGGACCAUGUGGUCCUCCUGGUAUAUCUGGAGAGAGGGGCCCACCUGGACCUCAGGGCCGCCAAGGUGAAAUAGGACCAACUGGUAUAGAAGGACUACCUGGUCCAGCAGGCCUGCCAGGCACUGUGGGCUCACCAGGGAAACCUGGUCCUCCUGGAAGUCUGGGAACUCAAGGGCCAAGUGGAAAAACGGGGCCUGUUGGAUUGCCAGGAGCACCAGGAGCUACCGGGAGAGUCGGACUAUCAGGAGAGAAAGGACCGCAGGGAGCUCCAGGACCUGCAGGUGACCGUGGAUCUACUGGUCUGGCUGGACUGCAGGGAUUUCCUGGGCCUCGGGGAUUAGAAGGGGCAUCGGGGAGAAAGGGGGAACAUGGCUCAGCUGGGCCUGUUGGGAAACCUGGACCACUGGGCAUUCCAGGAGAACCGGGUCAACAAGGCCCUCAAGGGACACAGGGAGAGAGAGGACCAAGCGGCAAAGAGGGGGCUGCAGGGCUUGUGGGCAGUCCUGGAAAUCCAGGCCCUAAAGGACAGAAGGGUGACCCUGGGUUGAGGGGGGUCCCAGGGGACGCCGGGCCUCCAGGAUUCGUUGGGGUACAAGGAAAAAGAGGGCGAAAGGGUGAUAAAGGCUACGCUGGAUUUCUUGGACAGAGUGGACUGAUGGGGAAAACUGGACCGGCAGGACUGUUGGGAUUAGAGGGUCUGAUAGGAUUCAGAGGAUCGCCAGGUCCAGAUGGACCACCAGGGCCAAAGGGGGAUCGGGGCAUUGGUGGGGUGACGGGAGCUCUGGGAGAACCUGGAAAGCAGGGGGUAAUUGGACAAAGAGGACGAAAGGGAGAGAUGGGAAAACCUGGACCACAGGGAGCUCCUGGUCUGAGAGGCUCUGAAGGCUUGGCAGGUCCUAAAGGGUUACCAGGAAGUGAAGGUUCAAAAGGUGACCCAGGCAGGCCAGGACCUCCAGGAGAGGCGGGGUCAGAUGGCUUUCCAGGUAUUAGAGGGCCUCCAGGGCUUCCAGGAUUAGAGGGAUUUCAAGGGAAGAUGGGAGCUCAGGGGUCUCUUGGGCCUCCAGGACCUCAGGGUCCAAAGGGCAGACCUGGCAUUGAUGGAAGAGAUGGACAGAAAGGUCAGAAGGGGAAGGAUGGCCGAGAUGGACAACCUGGAAGUACUGGGAGACGUGGACGGCCGGGAAAAAGAGGGAAAGCUGGACAGAAGGGGCCGAGAGGGAUCAGAGGAGAGAAGGGACAGCCAGGGACUGUAGGGUGGACUGGACCACCAGGAAGACCGGGUCCAUAUGGUUUACCUGGCGUAAAUGGAGAAAAAGGAAAAAAGGGUGAACUAGGACGACAGGGAGAUAAAGGGGAAAUGGGACCACUUGGACCACCAGGGGACGAUGGAGCGAAGGGACAGAUGGGGAUUGUUGGAGAAAUGGGCAAAGACGGUCCAAAAGGAGAGCAGGGUGAUAUUGGCCCACCAGGGCGAAGAGGAGACCCAGGUCUACCAGGCAUGCCUGGCCUGUUUGGAGAAAAGGGAUUAAAGGGGUUUCCUGGUUUUCCUGGACGUGCAGGACUAAUAGGGCUACCUGGCCCACCUGGUCCUCCAGGACCCCCAGGAUUGUCUCUGAACCUCACAAUGGCUCAGCUAAAGGACGUUAUGUAUCAGUCAGACAGGCCUAACUACCCCCUCAUCAGAACUCUGCUGAACUCUUUACAGCAAGACCUGUGGCUCUUCAUAGAUCCACCUGAUGGCACUAAAGAGCAUCCAGCAACCACCUGCUUGGAGUUGAUGAUCUGUCAUCCAAACUAUACCGAUGGGAUGUAUUAUGUCGAUCCAAACCAAGGCAAUCCUGCUGAUGCUUUUCUAGUCUACUGCAGCUUCAGUUUAGGAGGUCAGACAUGUCUUUCUCCAAUCCGGUCACAGGUCCCUGUGAAAGCCUGGCUAAAAGACUCACAGGAGGAUUCGUUCUCUUGGUUGAGUAGGACAGAGCAAGGCUUUCAGUUUGAGUAUACAGAAACCAGCGUGGUUCAGAUGAGGUUCCUGCUGCUAAACAGUAAGCAGGUCACACAGAAUAUUACUUUCUCCUGCGGGCAAGGGAGCAGGCAGGGUUCGAGGGAGCGAGCAAUCCGAUUUCUUGCUGAUUCUCGGAGACAGAGUUUCUUGGGGACGUUACGAGAUUGCGUGUCAAUGGAGGACCUGGAUACAAGACCUCAAGAGUCGGUGUUCCAGUUUGAAACUGAAAACCUGGAGCUUUUGCCGAUCAGAGACUUGGCGUUGUUUGGCCACAGUGACCUUGCAGAGGACUUUGGAUUUACUAUAGGACCUGUGUGUUUCAGCUAG